AUGCCAAGAACUAAUACUCCAUGUUACCUCUCUUUUUCUGAUGCAACAAUAUCGAUAUCUACUUGUCUCCUCGAUAUUGGCAGUUCUCUUGGUAGACUUGCUCCACUCAAAGCUGUUCUAUUCGAUGUUGAUGGAACUCUGUGCGAUUCAGAUCCUCUUCAUUAUUAUGCCUUUCGGGAAAUGCUGCAAGAGAUCGGUUACAAUAAUGGAGUCCCCAUAGACGAAGAAUUCUUCGUAAGAAAUAUUGCUGGAAGGCACAGUGAAGAUACUGCUAAAAUCUUAUUUCCUGACUGGGAUCAUGAGAAGGCCAUGAAAUUUGUCGACGAUAAGGAACCUAUGUUCCGUAGGUUAGUAUCUAAACAGUUGAAGGCAAUAGAAGGUCUCCACAAGCUAUGCAAAUGGGUCAAAGAUCGAGGCUUGAAGCAUGCAGCAGUCACCAAUGCCCCGAGGCCUAAUGCAGAGCUUAUGAUUUCAAUGCUUGGUCUCAUUGAUUUCUUUGAUGCUGCAGUAAUUGGAAGCAAAUGCCAAAGAGCCAAACUGUUCCCUGAUCCAUAUUUGAAGGCUCUCGAGAAGCUUAACGUCUCCGUGGAACAUACAUUCAUCGUCGAGGUUGGUCUAGUGGGAAAAAAGAAACAUCAUAAUGGCAAAUUGCCAUUUAUAGUUCAUUUGUUCAGCAAGAGCAACCAAUUUAAUUACUUCCAUUAGUCAUCUUUCCAAAUCCUCAAUGGCAACUCACUACAUUCUUUAUUAAUAUUCUCUAGAUCUUUUA